ACUCUUAUUCGGAUUCAACGUUCAGUAGGUGAUCGCUUUCGAGCGCGAUCGCCUCUCACACAACACUAAGUCUCGAAAGAUUUACAUAGAUAGACGGCGUCUAUGAGCGAAUAAAUCUCGGUUUUUCUAGUAGCGUUGCUGGUUUGGCCGAACGACCCAUUUCUUUUAAAUAGUUACUGAUACCAAUGAUGGACUUUCGGAACACAAAUCUUUGGAGUAAAUUAUCACUUUUACGACGCAGUCGCGCGGGCAUAAGAUGACCUUCGACAAUGGCGAAUUGGAAGGGCGCCCACCCUAUAUCCACUCCAUGCUCGCGGGAGGGUUUGGUGGAACUACUGGUGAUAUGCUGAUGCACUCGCUCGAUACCGUCAAAACUCGACAACAAGGUGAUCCGCACAUGCCACCUAAAUAUACAUCUUUAGGAUCAUCUUAUUAUACAAUAUGGCGCCAGGAGGGAAUUCGACGUGGGUUAUAUGGAGGAUGGCUUCCAGCGAUGAUGGGCUCUUUCCCCGGCACAGUUCUCUUCUUUGGUACCUAUGAAUGGAGCAAGCGGCAUAUGCUAGACUAUGGAAUCCAGUCUCAUAUCUCGUAUUUAAUAGCUGGGUUUCUCGGCGACUUCGCUGCAUCAAUAGUCUACGUACCCUCCGAGGUGUUGAAGACUCGCCUUCAGCUUCAGGGCCGGUAUAACAACCCUUAUUUCAAGUCCGGAUACAACUAUCGCGGUACUUUCGACGCUGCGAGAACAAUCGUCAGAACAGAGGGAAUUGGGGAAUUGUUCUCUGGAUAUAAGGCAACUCUAUAUCGAGACCUCCCAUUUUCCGCCUUGCAGUUCAUGUUCUACGAGCAAUUUCAAAGCUGGGCCCGUGAAUAUAAGAAGAGCCGAGAUAUUGGAGUACGGUUGGAACUACUGACCGGAGCUGCCGGUGGUGGGUUAGCUGGAGUGCUCACCUGUCCACUCGACGUAGUGAAGACCCGGCUACAAACCCAGGUCGAUCCCGUUCCAGUUGUAAGCCCACUGAAGGGGCGCUCGAUUCCAGAGACUACGUCGGGACUUAAAGAGUCGGCUCCAAAACAGACAAAACAGACACAACCCCCACCUCAACCCAAACAGCAAAAGCGCCCCAUAUCUACAUCAUCACCCUCGACACAUACACCGCGACCUGGUGCUAUUCCAUUAGACGAGACUUCGAUAAUUAAGGGGCUCAAGCUAAUUUAUAAGACAGAAGGUGUUGGUGGAUGGUUUAGAGGGGUUGGCCCGCGGUUUGUCUGGACUAGCGUACAAAGCAGUUGCAUGUUAUUUUUGUAUCAAACCAUAUUACGAAAAUUAGAGGUAUGGCUUCCGGUAGAAAGAUCAGACAUGUCUGCUUAACUUAACCUUUAUGACGAGGGGGGCGUUGGAUCCUGUGUCGGUGGAGGGU